AUGGGCAUACAGCUGAUUCCCCGCGAAAAGUCCCUCCUCUUUAGAAAGAAAGAAGAAAAAGAAAAGAAGAAAGGAUACCCGGGUCAGUCUACGUCGCCCCCUUCCUAUCCCUCCCUUUCCCGCUCGAAGCAAGCAGCGAAUAAACGAAUUGCUGAAUUAAAUUUAUCGGGCCGGAAGAAAGCGACAAUCGGUAGUUUCGUAAAUGUCGAACCUCGGAAUCGAUUGAUCGAUAAGGCACCGGAGGUGCAGUGUAAUGCAGUGCAGAUCCACGUUCUGUCCGGGCAGCGGGCGGGCGAGGUAGAGCGCGAGCGCGGGGAUGACAGGCGGCACACUAGAUCCCCUGCCUUCCUUCCUUCCUUCCUUCCUUCCUUCCUUCCUUCCUAGGAACAAUGAACAAGAAGGGAAAAAAUGACGAUGAGGCUCGCGUUGCGAUGGCGGUUGUCGAUGUUGGCGGGGGGGUAGGUAGUUGCAGUAGCUGUGUUGUGUGGGUUGUCGCGUUGCUCCUUGUUUUGAUUCAUACUAUUUUGGUGUUGCGAUGGGGGCACGCACUGUAUGGGUGUGUACGGCAGGCAUUGUUGACUGACGGACAUGCAGUGGUUUGGCGUUUUCCGUGGCUUGGCGGGAACCCGUUCCUCGCUGCUUGAGUGGCUAAUGGCUUGGCGCAUGGUGUGUCACUCGAUACACCACUCUGGAUUUUGGUGAGCUUUCUUCGGCGGUAAGGGAGGAAGAGGAUCUGCUCGGCACCAGAUAGCGCCCUCUACUCCCCCACUGGCACAGAGUGGAGAGGGGGGGAGGCGCGCACGGAGGGGAGAUAGGGUAAGGUGAAGUGAGGCAAGUAAGGUGCGGCAAUGGAAGGUUACUCGAAUACCUGCCACCUGAUACCGUAUGACAGAAAACGACCGCCACAAAACUAUUUGAAAGGAAAAAGAAAAAGCCGAGGCGAAGCCCAAAUCGUUUGAGGAACAGUUACAGUCCCAUAACUCAUUACACUGAGCUAAAAGAUGUGUUCUUUUCUCGUGGCCUCUUUUUUUAUUUUUCCUAUUUU